GGCGGCGCCGCGUAGCGCAGCGGCAGCGGCAGCGGGAGCGCGGGAGCCCGACGGCGCGGCCGCAAGGUCACCGCGCACCAUGGAGGCCAAGGUCCGCCAGAGCCGGCGCUCGCGCGCGCAGCGGGACCGCGGCCGGCGCCGGGAGGCGGCCCGCGACGCCCGUGACCAGAGCGCGUCGUCGGGCGACGAGACCGAGCCCGGGCCUGGCAAGGAGAACGCGGGCCUGCCACGCGCGCCCCCGCCCCGCGCCGCCGCCGUGCGCCCCCCGCGCCGCCGCCGCCGCGAGUCCAGCUCGCAGGAGGAGGAGGUCAUCGACGGCUUCGCCAUCGCCAGCUUCAGCACGCUGGAGGCCUUGGAGAAGGACAUGGCCCUGAAGCCACACGAGCGGAAGGAGAAGUGGGAGCGUCGCCUUGCCAAGAAGCCCCGUGAGUCAGAAAACUGCCCGUCUGCAGAGCCGAGCGAGAACGGGCGGCCCCUGGAGAUGGGCAGCCCUGAGCAGGACCUGGAGCCUGCCUGCGACCGGGGGAAGAAGAAGGUCCCCCUGCAGCCCACCAAGCAGAUGAAGGCCACAGCGUCCAGAGGGGGCGACCGCCACAGUGGGGAUGACAGCUUCCACGAAGCCACCAGCUCCCGGAGGAGCAGUUCUCGGGACCAGCUCAGUGACAGCUCUGCACAGGCGGUCUCCGGCCGGGGCUACUCGUGUGACAGCGAGAGUGAAGGGGACGACAAGGCAUCUGUGGGCUCCGAGAAGCUCUUUGCCCCAGCAGCCGAUAAAGGCCCCGCGCUGGGCGAGGAGGCCGAGGCCAAGGCCGGGGCGCCGCCCAAGGUCUCAGGCCUGGAGCGCAGCCGUGAGCUGAGCGCGGAGCCGCCGCCCUUCCUGCCUGCCGUGCGCAGCCCCGCACCCCGCGCCGGCCCCGCGCCGGACGCCCCGGCCAGCCCGCCGGUCAAGAAGGAAGCCCCCGCCCUGCCCCGCCUCACCCCGCAGCCGCCGCCAGCGCCCCCGCAGCCCCGCGCCCCGCUCCCGACGCACGUGCCUCUGCCCCUGGGCGCCUUCGCGGGCCCCGGCCAGGCCGCGCACAACGGCCUGCACAGCCUCAGCAGGAGCAGCAGCGCCAGCAGCAGCGCCAGCCUCGGGCUCGCGAAGCACGCGUCCCUGUCGCCUCUCGGGCCGGGCCCCCACCUGUCUACCUCACACUUGGCGCUCCGCUCGCAGGCCCAGCACCAGCACCACGCGGCGGCCAUGUUCGCCGCCCCCCCGACACUGCCCCCGCCCCCGGCGCUGCCGGCCAACAGCCUGGUCAUCCCAGGACACCCUGCCGAUGCCAGCCUGUUGAUCUCAUUCAGCCAGCCAAUCAUGUAUUGCCAGCCUCAUUCGGGGAUUCUGAUUGAUCACGAGCUGCUCAGGCAAGAGCUGAACGCGCGUUUUCUGGUCCAGAGCGCUGAGCGGCCCGGCGCCCCCCUGGGCCCGGGGGCUCUGCUGCGGGCGGAGUUCCACCAGCACCAACACACACACCAGCACACACACCAGCACCAACACACAUUUGCCCCCUUCCCCGCGGGGCUGCCCCCGACGCCGCUCCUGCAGCCCGCCGCACCCCCGCCGUUUGACAAAUACGCGCCCAAGCUGGACAGCCCCUACUUCCGACAUUCCAACUUUUUCCCAUCCUUCUCUUCUGCCAUCCCCGGACUGCCCACCCUGCUCCCACACCCAGGCCCCUUUGGGUCCCUACAGGGUGCUUUUCAGCCCAAGACUUCAAACCCAAUCGAGGUAACGGGUCGAGCCAGUGCUGUUCACACCCUCCUCCAGAAAGCCCCCGGGGUGUCUGACCCGUACCGGACGGCAGUCAGGAAACCCGGCAAGUGGUGUGCCAUGCACGUGCAGAUCGCCUGGCAGAUCUAUCGCCAUCAGCAGAAGAUGAAGGUGCAGCUGGAGCCCCACAAGCUGGAGGUGGGCGCCAAGCUGGACUUGUCCAGCAGACCCCCCGCCCCGGGCGUGUUUGCCGGAUUGCAGUACCCUCAGGAGCUGGCCCGGCCCCUCUUCUCUGGCUCGGGUGCAGCCCACCCCACCACCAACCCAUUCGGACCCUCGGCCCAUCCCGGCAGCUUCCUGACCUCUGGUCACCUGACAGACCCGUUCGGCAGGUCAGGCACCUUCGGGGGCCUGGGGAGCCUGGGCAGCAACGCCUUCGGAGGCCUGGGGAGCCACGCACUGACUCAGGGCAGCGGCAUCUUCGCCCCCAAGGAGAGCUCCGCACUGCACGGCCUGCCCAGCCCCCACGAGGCCUGGAACCGGCUGCACCGGGCGCCUCCCUCCUUCCCCACACCGCCCCCAUGGCCUAAGCCUGUGGACCCCGAUCGGGUCUCAGCCCUGACCAACCACGACCGGGAGCCAGACAAGGGCAGGGAGGAGCGGGAGCGGGACCUCCUGGAGAAGACGCGCCUGCUGAGCCGGGCCUCGCCCGCAGCUCCCGUGGGCUACCCGGUCAGCAGCUUCCUGCUCCGCGGCCAGGGCGAGCCGUGCCGGCCCGGGGUCCCUGCCGAGCGCGAGGCCGAGCCCCGCGUCAAGGAGAGCCGCUCACCGGCCAGGGAGGACGGCGCCAAGCCGGCCGCGCGCCCGCCGUCUCCCUACAGCAAGGCGGCCCUGGGCGACAGCCUGCGCCUGGCCGGCCUCCUGGGCCGCGAGCCGGGGAAGCCGCCCGAGGCGCCGGCCGAGCGGCCCCAGGGCGACGUGAAAGUCAAGGAGGAACGCAGGGAAGACGGCGACGCGCCCGAGCCCCCCGGGGCCGGCCCGCCAAAAGAGAUCCUGACUGCAGAUGACCGACACAAGCAGAGACGAAAACGCGAAACUGCAGAUAGGACCAGGCCAGAGGGAGAGAGCGCCUGGGAUGCGAGUGGGAGAACAUGCGCGACGCAGACGCGGCCUGGAGAUGACAACCGGACGCGGCCCGCCGCCGCCGCCGCCGACGCCCGCCCCGGACCGACAGCCUGUUCGAGCCCCCGAGGCCCCUACCGCGACCGCGAGCCGCACGACUACAGCCACGAGCGCUCGCGGGAGGCGCGCCGCGAGGAGCUGGAGCGGCGCGCGGGCCGCGCACCUGGGGCCGCCCCGCACCUGCCCGACGGCGCCGCGCUGCUGCCCGCGCUAGGCGCCCUGCACUACCCGCGCCUCGGGCCCGCCGCCGCCGCCGCCGCGCUGCACAACGGGCUCCUGGCGCGGACCCCGCCCGCCGCCGCCGCCGCCGCCGCCGCCGCCGCGCUCGGCGCGCCGCCCCCGCUGGUGGCCGCGGGCGGGCCCCCCACGCCCCCGGGGCCGCCGCCGCGGAGCAGGACUACGCCGCUGGGGGGCCACGGGCCCGAGGCGCGCGACUACUCCCCGUCCCGCAACCCCCAGGAGGUGGAGGCGCGGUAGUCCCCGCGGGACCCCGCGCCGCCUGUGCAGAGACCCUCCCACAAAUGCACUGCUGUAAACUUUUCUACGUGGACGUUUCUAGAACCUAAGCACAGCGCCGUCAGUCCCGGGGUGACAUUCGCUUUCCGCUCGAAGCCCGCGGAGUCGGGGAGUUUCAUCCACAGCCUUGCUGGGGGUGAUCUUUCGUUUUCCGAGCUUGAGGUUAGGCCACUGGAAGAGAAUUCGAGUUUGUACAUCUUUUCCCACAGGUGAGAAGCGUUUUUAAUAGAUUUGUAUUUUUUUCAAUUUUGUGCUCUUUAGACACUUAAAACAAGAAACUUUUGCUUUUUUACCUUCAGUUCGGAUUUGCAAUGUAAAGGCCUCAGACCCCUCUCUAGAGCCCCAGGAUCUUGUCUUAUUUAUGGAGAAAACACGGUCAUUUUGUCCAGCGCACUGUGAGGCCCCCCACUCAGGGCCGGCCCUGGCCCUCCCUUGGUACUGGGAACCGAACUUACAGAUAUAUAUUAAAAUAAUAAUAAUGUACAAAACUUUUUUUGCCUUAUUAUGCAGAAGCGUAAGAGGAUUUUUUUCGGAUUUUAAAAAAAAAUGAAAUAUGUAAAUAGUCUGUUAAUAUAAAUAUAUGGCGUUAUUAAAUUCUUAACCUGGGUAGACUUUAUAAAAAGUUUCUAGAAACCUCUCUGGUUAUUUGUUUAACACGGUCACAAAAAAAAAAACCCUCGCUGUCGGUUGGAAACGCGCGCAAGUUUAACUGCAGCACCGACCCUUCAACUAUGCAAGCGCUCUGAGGUGGGGCUGGGCCGCCGUCCGGGGAACGAGGCUCGGAGCCGCCACGCCGGCCUCCCCUGUCCCCAGCCCCGGGGCCCUGCCCUCCCUGGGACUGGCCGGCUCUGGCCACAGGACACUUCUGUGGAUCCUGGUUUCGUUUGCGCAGCGUUUUCGGAAUCUGUACCUGACAAGCAGACUUUUAGGAGUGAAGAGUAAAAGGUUCGUCAUAAAACGAAACGGUAACUGGUGUUUUCUCUCCUGCGCAAAGGCCGUCAGCAAACGUUUCUCAGCGUGGCCCUGCCCCGACCGAGGCCUUGGCAUGAUUUCCUUUUGCUUUCGGGUUUGCUUUCAUAACCUCUCGAACGCCGCCUCGCCCUGCCCUCAGCGCCCUUUUCUGUUCCCCGGCGGCCACACGUGUGUCCGCCGCACUUUUGAGCCUUGUCGGUUCGACGUCCGCAGCCAUUUGCUCCGUUCUGUACUUUCAGCCCGUUUCCACUGUGGACUGUGGUUGCUUUAAACAUUCAGUUCUCGUGUCAAUCGAUGAAGAUAAAUACAGUCUUGAUUUCGAU